AUGUAUCCUCGUAUGCAGUCGACGGUUGGCAGCGUUUGCUUACGGUGCCAAUGGCGUCUCAUCAAUAAAUCAGGGCAUUUUGCUCAACCAAAAACCCAUCGAGGAAUCUCUGCUAUAAAAGUUGCGCAAACGCCUCGGCGGGCGUUGCAUGUCACUGCCACUCGCUCACAACUGCCUUCCACAUCCGAAACCUCUCCGCAAAAUCUAGACCCUUCCCUGCUACCUCGUCCCCAAAAUACUGCCAUUCGAGACCAUCUCAUAAAGUGGCAAGAUCUCUAUGGAGGACCGACACCAGAAACACUUUCCGCAUUUCGAAACUACCCUAUGCGCGAUGAAGUCUCGAAUGGCCUUUCCAAAUUAGCUUCUUCUUCAAAGGCCGACGAGGAUACAAAGACAAGCGAAUGGGACGGUGCAGAGGAAGACGAAGAGGACGAUCUCAUAACUAUCGGCCUGUUCUUGAAACCUGGUGAUGUGGUUGAACUUUCUCAGGCUGGCCGUGAGCCAGUGCUUGCUGUCUUUGUCCAACAACUGGACACUAGUAGCCAGCUCUUCUCAGUCAACGGCAGAUGGACACAUUCAACUCUCAAAAAAGUCACUUUCGCUAUACAAGGCUGCAUCGACCCUUCGCUCGUUCAGCCGCUUGUCCCAUUCCUGCCUACAGAUCCGACAAAAGCCAACCCUAAAGGUGAAGUCCAUGUUCCUAGAGACCUGGCCUCUCCGGUCAUAGCCGCUCUGGAACAUAUGACCCAAGAAGCAGAGCACAUUUACCGCACAAAUGCACCAACACUUGACACAGCCUAUACAGUCUUGGCUGACGAAAAGAGGACUCGUAUGAUGACAUUGACACAAAUCGCCAGGAAACUACUCUCACCCAAUGAUCCAAAUUGGACACCCUCACCGCCUGCACUACUAGCUGUACGCAAAGCACUCAAUCACAAUGAGUUCCGUUUUCGAUCCGACUCUCGCAGCCAUAGACUGACCAAUGUCUUUGCUAUUCGACCAAAAGUAGACGUCCAAACUGUUGAAACUGUGCAUGAAUGGAUUCGAGAAUACCGAGAGUAUCUGGCUUUGACUGUAAGCACGUCACAUGAUAGCAAGCAGCCGCCUACCAAGGGCACGACUUAUGUCAAGGAGUUCCUCGAUAAAGCACGCAGGGUCAUUGCAACUAGCAGGAAAUACCGUCAGCCAGAACAUGGUGGUGUAGGACCAAGUACUGCACCCAAAGAGCUCAAGUCUGCUAUGAAGGUUACGUGGGGUGAAUCUUUCACGAGUGCUGACCAGCAAAUCAUCAAUUUUUUGCAAUCAUGGGCACUCAGCGAUCAGUUUGCAGGCAUGGCAGGCCUUCACGCCGCUUGUAUCGGCCUGAUAUCUGCCACGAAUUGCUACGAACCAGGGGUAGUUCGCGAUAAGGGAAUUGUCGAUGAAAGUCUGAGCAACAUUAGACGUGCCACUGGAUUGCUGUUCUUACAAGAGAUUGGUGUAAUUUCGCCCCACGAAAACCGCGCGCUCUACGACGAGCAAUUGAUGCUUCCCACCGUUCGGUUGUCACGCAACAUCGAAGUGCUUAAAGACAAGGCGGAGCUUACGCGAAGGAAUCCCGACUUCCGUGAUUCAAUGGCAGACUUACGUCGUGACUGGGGCACAACGACAGUCUACUGCGUCGAUGAUGUGGGUGCUAAGGAAAUCGAUGAUGGUAUUUCUAUCGAGCGAGUCGAGGGAUCCGGUAAGGAAGACAAUGAAUUCUGGGUUCAUGUCCAUGUGGCCAAUCCAACGGCAUUCUUUGACAAAACCCACACACUUUCCGGUCUUGCUGCCCAUAUUACAGAAACAGUGUACACGCCGGAGCGAUCUUAUCCCAUGCUUCCGACUUGGGCAUCCCAAGAACAUUUCAGUCUUGACCGCGAUCGCCCUGCCAUUACGUUCAGCUCUCGUAUCAACAAGUUCGGCACUGUGCUCGAGACAAAGAUUCAGCACGGCAUUAUUCGAAACAUAAUCAGCCUCACCCCCUCUGAGCUUGCUAAGCUUUUGGGCGAUGAGAAUACUCUGAGCAGCCAACAAUUCACUGUUGGUGGGGAAGUACCCCAGAGUGAGGAACGGCCACUUCCAAGCCUAUCACCCAAUCAACUAGAGGAGCUCCAUGACCUGUAUACUGCUGCAAAGGCGCUAUGGGAGAGUCGUAGAGCUGCUGGUGGCAUCCGAUUCAAUUCGAACAACGUGAGCGUCCAGGUCUAUGAAAGCGCCACUAAGCCUGGUUUGACCUGGUAUCCGCCUUCAAUCAGUCGAGCACGCCAUAUCCAAGGAGACCCUAUUAUUGACUACAAGAACACCACGCCCAAAGAAUUUUUGCCCUUAGCUAUUGGGCCCAAGAACAUAGUCGAGGAGGUGAUGAUGUUGGCUGGUCAGUCAGCAGCAAAAUGGUGCGCGGAGCGGCAAAUACCUGUCAUGUACAGAGGCACCGUCGAACCUCCAUCUCACGAAAACUUGUCUGCAGAAGAACUUAGAGGCGUCAUAAAUGAGCACCACAAGAAGCAUGGAGAUGUACCCGAGCUUCUCGGUAUACAGUUGGUUCGCGCUUUGGGUAGGGCCAUCACACAUUCUUCUUCAUUACCACACAAGAUUAUCGGAGUGCCCGGCUAUGUCAAGGUCACCAGCCCCCUUCGUCGUUUCAGUGACAUGAUUGCGCAUUGGCAGAUAGAAGCUGCUGUGCGCUAUGAAGCGCGGACCGGCAAAAGGUUCAACGCGCUUGACAGUGCUGCUUCAUCACAAAACGUGCUGCCCUUCUCUCUCCGGCAGAUACAGGAAUCGAUUGUCACACUGACGCCUCGAGAGCGCAUCAUCUCAAUAGCCAAGCGAGACGCAACACUCUAUUGGGCUUCUCAGGCAUUCCUCCGCGCUUUCAAGUACAAAGAAGCACCUCUUCCCGAGAUUUUCAAAUUUCAGGUUCGACAAGUUCGAGAGGGCAGAGAUGCAAUUGGUCAGUUGCCUGAAUAUGGCUUUGUGGCUACCAUGUUACAGUAUGAGGAUGUCGAGGUGGGCGACGAGUGGGAGGUGAAGUUGGAAAUGGUAGAUGUCUUCGCUAGAAUCGUCUUCGUGAAGCCAAUUCGUCUCGUGCACCGCAACGACAGCGCUGUUGCUUGA